CAGUUAGGGCUUGGUGCCCAGUCAAUCCUCCCUCAGGAUACGAACCCAGGCGGCGGCGCGGGGGGAGCGUGUGACCAGUGCGCCACAGGGGAGGUACACUGGGGUGAAACAAGUGGUAUAAGAGGGCAGUUAACCCCUUAAACAGCACCAAGUGACAUAAUAAGUCAAGACAAACACCUCCGUCUCCUGUAGACGCCUCAGACAGCGUCUCAAGAUCACUAACUACCACCUUCUCCAACAACAACCAGGAAAAGUGAAUAAUUCCAGAGUGCAUCUAACUGGGGACAAACUCGGCCCAGAAGCCAGCAGAAAAUAGUGUUCAUCUUACACCAUGUUAACAGAUACUAAAGACACUCUUGGAGAUAGUUCAGCAGGAAACAAAGCAAAGACUGUUGAUCUUAGAAAGGUGAACUCUGAUGAAAUAAAACUCAUGAAGCCUUCAAAAAACUUGGAAAACCCAUUUUUAAAUCUGAAAAUCAGCGAUUCUAGUUUCCUGAAUAAUUUAGAUGGAAGAAGUGCUUGCUCACUGUGUGGUAAAUCGAGAAAGUAUUUUUGCUAUACGUGUUACAUUCCUCUUCCCAGCAUUGCUGACAAAAUUCCUAAAGUAAAGCUGCCCUGCAAGAUAGAUAUAAUCAAACACCCUAAAGAGAUUGAUGGGAAAAGCACAGCAAUACAUGCAGCAGUGUUGGCACCUGAUGAUGUGGCCAUCUACACCUACCCUAACCUGCCUGACUACUCCUCUCAAGAUAAUAUAUUAUUGGUAUUCCCAGACAAAGAUGCCAUACACAUUGAGGACUUGUGGUCACACCUUGAGACGCACACCAAAAGAAACCCUGAAGAGCCUCAGAUGAAACGCAACAAACCACAUAUUCCAUUUUCAAGAGCAGUAUUUAUUGACUGUACUUGGAAUCAAACCAGGAAGCUCUACCAUGACGAGAGAAUAAAAGGUGUUCGGUGUGUAGAGCUGACCAAGAGAGAGACGUUGUUCUGGCGGUACCAGCGAGGGAAGCCCCACACCUACCUGGCUACCAUCGAGGCUAUAUAUUACUUCCUAGUCGACGUGCACAUCAAUGUUCUUAAGGCAGAUUAUGCCAGCGAAUAUGAUGACCUCCUUUUUUUCUUUAAAUUUAUGUUUCAAAAAAUCCAUUCCCUCUAUGAUAAGCACACUUUAAGGGCAUACAAAACACUCUAGUGCUUUUACUGUAAUUUUGAGAGAUGGUUUUUUCUGCAUUCUGUAUAAUAAAUUACAUUUUAGUAAA